GAGAAACCCCUCCCGUCUUGAAAUUAUGACUAUAAGGGCUAUGAUCUCACACAAACUCAUCUUCCGCAGGCCAACAGCAAGAUGAAAUGGCCGACAUGGAAGGUGGCGGAGGCUUCAAUCAAAAGCGAAACACCAACACACAAGACUCACAGCAGCCAUCUCCUCUUGCUCUGUUGGCCGCCACUUGUAGUCGAAUCGACACCCCAGGAGAAAAUGAUUCACCUUCCGACCAGCAACAAACAAACCAGCAACAGCAGCUGGGCCUGAACCAGGGUGUACUGACCUCCACCGCCAACGGCUGGCAGGUUGUCCCUGUUACCAUUCAGGCGUCCUCUGGCACCAGCUCUGUCUCCACCGACUCCCACGAAAUAAUGACUGGAGGCGACACGGACAAAAAUAGACAGGUGCUUUCCCCUACAACGGGUGUCACGAGCACUCAGGGACAGCAGCCACAACAGUAUGUAGUUGCCCAGACUCCAACGUUGCAAGGUCAACAAGUGCUUACCACUUUAUCAGGCAUGAUGCCCAACAUCCAGUACCAGGUGAUCCCCCAAUUCCAGACAGUAGAUGGUCAGCAGCUGCAAUUCCCCCAGGCUCAACAGGAUCCAGCCACCAUCAGCGGGACACAGCAAUUCCAGAUAGUGUCCUCUCCCAAUGGUCAGCAGAUCAUAGCUGCCACCAACAGAGCUGGCGGGGCAGGAAACAUCAUAGCCAUGCCUAGUCUCAUUCAGGGAGCCAUUCCUAUACAGAAUCUAGGUUUGGGAAACAGUGUGCUGCAAAAUCAGCCCCAGUUCUUGGCCAACAUGCCCGUGUCCCUUAACGGGAAUAUUACAUUAUUACCAGUCAGCACCGGGGCAGGUGGUGCAGGAGGAGAUGGAAAUGGUGGUGGGGACACGGGAACCAGCCACCAUCUUACACAACAACAGCACCCUGUGUCUUCCAACAGUGGUGGGUAUGUCACCAGCGCAACCACUGUGACCACACAAACGUCCACAUCUUAUGGGAUGACCCAGUCACAGAACAGCAAUGGAGUGGUGGCAGGACCAUUUCAGAAUACAGCUUCAACUGUAGGUGUUUCUUUGACACCUGAGAACAGAGAUGGACAACAGCCACAACAGAUCCUCAUUCAACCCCAGCAGCUUAUCCAAGGUGGAACUUCCCUUCAGACCAUCCAAGCCGGCACAGUCUCUGCUGCAGCAGGGGGUCAGGUGUUUGCUGCUCCCACGCUCACACAGGAAGGGCUGCAAAACCUCCAGAUAAUGCCUAACACGGGGCCACUCAUCCUACGUACUGUGGGCCCCAAUGGCCAGGUGAGCUGGCAGACUAUCCAGCUCCAGAGUCCGGCAGGAGCUCAGAUCACCCUGGCGCCAUUGCAGACCCUUCCCCAGCUGGGCCAGGCUCAGGGGACUGCCACAGCCGGAGGGGUUGCUGUCAACACAGUCCAGAUCCCGGGACUGCAAACCAUCAACCUCAACACGCUGGGUAGCUCAGGGCUCCAGAUGCACCAGCUUCAGGGAGUCCCCAUUACCAUUGCUAACCCUGCAGGAGACCAGGGCUUGCAGAUGGGUGGAGAGAAUUUGGACGACAGCACAGUCAUGGACAAUGAGGACAUCAGCCCCCCACCUCAAGGGCGGCGUAACCGAAGGGAAGCGUGUACUUGCCCCUUCUGCAAAGAUGGAGACGGGCGCAAUGACCCAACUAAGAAGAAGCAGCACAUCUGUCACGUUCCAGGUUGUGGGAAAAUCUAUGGAAAGACAUCCCACCUGAGGGCUCACCUUCGCUGGCACACAGGAGAGCGUCCCUUUGUCUGCAGCUGGUCCUUCUGUGGCAAACGCUUCACCCGCUCAGAUGAGCUUCAACGUCACAAGAGGACGCAUACAGGCGAAAAGAAGUUCCUUUGUCCGCAAUGUCCAAAGCGCUUCAUGCGUAGCGACCACCUUUCCAAACAUGUAAAGACCCACCUAAACAAAAAAGCCACCACGGCUGCCACUGCAAGCACAGCGGUUUCGACGGACGUCGCUUCCCCCACUGCGGGGACAGAAGCUGGCACAGGUGCAGUUGCUGCCAAUGAUCAGCGCACCUUGGUCACCAUGGAAACCCUGUCAGCAGAGAGCAUCGCCAGGUUAGCCAGCAGCGGAAUCAACGUGAUGCAGGUGGACCUUCAACAAAUUAAUGGCAACAGCUACUGAUGAUUUCAGUGGGUCCUGCGCACAGACAUAUAGGGUUAAGAAGGGCAUGUCUGACUUCAGACUGAGAACCUCCCGAAGGACCUCAGACAGAGGUGGUGGUCAUAAAUGCAACCGGAUACUUUUUUUUUUUUUUUUUUGAGAACCGAGGCAAGAAAAUGGAGAGUCCCUCCCUUAUAUUUUGUAACCAUAGCAUUUAUGGAUUGUGGGUCAAAUUAAAUAAGCGUGGAUUCAAUUAAUGAGUAGUUGCAUGAAGGUUAAUGACACUACAGGGAUGACUGCCCAACACAAAGACCCACACUAGCUUGAUAUUGGGGAUUGCAAUAACACACACUCUUAACUUGAUAUUAAAUAGGUGCCUUCUAAUAAGGCUCUUUCUACCAGCCUCUCUUAAAGAGAACACUAUUCCAGUGCUAGGCCUAGAUCCCGUGAGCUUCCCCUAUACAAGCUCUUCAUCUCAGGUGUUAUCUGCCCUCUCAGAAUGAGUUGCUGCAUCCGCCAAGGGCUUCCAAUAUACAAGAGCUGUAACCAUUUCACAUCAGCACUUGAGGAAAAUUCCAUGCUAAAACAGAAUCCAUGUAUUGAUAUUAUGCUUAAGACAGUUAAGUCAAUAUGUGGCUCUCAGGUUUCUCUGGCUGCUACUCUUGGAAAGACCCCCCCAAUGUUAGAAAAUGGUGAAAGAACUAUCCAAAAAGGUGAGAAGUGCAUUAAAAGUAUUUUUGGGAUGGAUUUUCCUUCCAAGGAUAGUUUAGCAGCGGUCUGGGUUACCUGUGUCAUAACCAGUCUUUAGGGCAAGAGGUGCGACUCAACGUAAGGCUUUAGGUAUGAAUGGACACUGAAAUCCAUUUUAGCUUUCUCCUCAGAACUGUAUAGGUACACACAUUUAAGCCAUUAUGCUUUGAUAUGUUUAUUGAAGCAAGAUUUCUUUUGUAUAUUUUUUCUAAUGUGUUAUGGCCAGAAAAUUCCUUUAAAUUGAAAGGAUUGUUAUGGUUGCAAGAGAUUGCCUUUCAGCUGUAUUAGCCUCUCACACGCAAUCUUAAAUAUUAUCACAUAAAUGUAGAUUGAGUUUCUGUAAUAGAAUUAUGUAUUCUACACAGGUCAGAGCCUCAGUACAUUUUUCUGUGGAGCACAUCAACCGAGCUCAGUUUCACCUUACAGUCUUGGAGAUUAGUUUGACUUUUUUUUUUUCCCCUGUCAUUUUAUUCGCCUUUAUUCCAUCAAAUCAAAAUGAAAUCAUUUGUUGUUCUUAUGCUCAGACAGUGUAAAUGUAAGCUCAAACCAAAGGUUCAGAAUUUUUUUUUUUUUUUUGUUAAAUUUUGUCAGUCCAGAAACGAUAUGUUAGCUGUUCUUACAGAUUUCAAAACCAACUGGAAACAGUUUGCCUCAAAAUAAGUCAGUUUCAGAUGUACAUCAUUGAUCAAAAAAGUAAAUUGUUUAUGUAUUCAAGAUUCAGGGGAUUUCGAAUUAAAUUUAUAUUUCAUCUCUGAAAAUAUCCAUUAUGCUUUAACCUCAGAAAAAGUAUUUUUUGGUAAAUGUGAGUCGAUUUGUAUAAGUCAAACGUGUUAAGCUUUUUCAAACUUUACAUUCAUCAGUUAAGUGCCCUUAUGUAUCAUGGUUUGUGUACUUUAAAUAAGGGAGUUUUUAUAUUGUGUAUACUAAUACAGAUGCCAACAGCUGGAUUAAAAUCAUGAACUCUG